AUGUUGGAGAAAUCUGAGAUGAUCACCGAAAGCAACAUAGCCAACUUUGAUGCCUAUAUGAAGGAGUAUGUCUCCAAGGCUCGCGAUGCAGUGGCAAAAUGUGAUGCCGUGAGUGAAAUGAAGGAUGAGAAAAUCAACAAAAUCUCUAAGGAAAGACUUGUUGGUGCUGGAAAGAGAGACAUCAACACUUCGUGA